CGCAGUGUUGUACGGAACAUCCGGGGAACAGUGUGGUGGUGUAGUGGGGAAGAUGGCGGCGCUGAUCCUCCCUACUGAUUGGAUCAAAAACUGGGAAAAAUCCGGCAAGAAUGAGUUCCUGCAGCUGUGCCGGGACCUGGUGGGCAAAUCUGAUGACGAAUUGCUCCUUAAAGACCUCCAGAUGGCGCUGUACGAGCUCUGCUGGCACGUGGUCCACGGCGCGCUCAAGGUUGACGUGGCCGCAAGCCUUCUGGCUGAUGUUAUGGAGUUGAGGGAGGACAUGCCUUCGGUUUUAGCUGAUGUCUUCUGCGUAUUAGAUAUCGAGACCGGAUGUUUGGAGGAGAAACACAAGCGAGAUCAUUUCACCCAGCUGGUGGGAGCAUGUUUGUGUUGCGUUUCUGACGCCAUGCUGAAGGAGAGGCUCGACCCCGACACGCUCGAGUCCCUCGGCUUGAUCAAGCAGGCACAGCAGUUCAACCAGAAGAUUGUCAAAAUCAAGACCAAGCUGUUUUACAAACAGCAGAAGUUCAACUUAUUACGUGAGGAGAACGAAGGCUACGCCAAGCUAGUGACAGAGCUGGGCCAAGAUCUCUCAGGAAACAUCACCAGCCAUCUCGUCCUGGAGAGCAUCAAGUCUUUAAUAGGAUGUUUUAACCUGGACCCAAAUCGCGUCUUGGACAUCAUUUUGGAAGUGUACGAGUGCCGUUCGGACCAGGACGAGUUCUUCAUUCCGCUGAUCAAGUCGUACAUGUGUGAGCACCAGACACUGUGCCACAUCCUCGGAUUUAAGUUUAAAUUCCAUCAGGAGCCGAACGGAGAAACGCCUUCAUCUUUGUACCACGUGGCUGCUGCACUUCUCCAACACAAUCUCAUCGCCCUGGAGGAUCUCUACGUCCAUCUGCUGCCGCAGGACUCCGCCAUCGUGGAAGAGCACAAAAGGGAGAUCCUGGAGGCCAAGCAGAUCGCCCGCAAGCUCACCAUGGUGGUGGUGCCCUCGGGGGAGAAGAGCGACGAUAAAGAAAAGGAGAAGGACAAAGAAGAUGAAAAGAACGAUAAGACUUCCAAUAACCAGAAACUGGGCCUGCUCGAGGCGCUGCUGCAGAUCGGUGACUGGCAACACGCACAGAGCAUCAUGGAGCAGAUGCCACCCUUUUACGCCACCUCGCAUAAAUCCAUUGCUGUAGCGCUGUGCCAACUGCUGCAUCUCAUCAUCGAGCCACUGUACCGCAGGGCCGGGGUUCCUAAAGGCGCCAAAGGAUGCAUGAAGAAGCUGCUGCGGAACAAACAAGCUCCUCCCCUUGUCGAGACGUUCGAAGCUCUGUCUAAGGACGUGUUCAUCAUGCUGGGUUACCUGGGCCCACACCUCUCCCACGACCCCAUCCUUUUCGCCAAGAUCGUGCGUCUGGGCAAGAGCUUCAUGAAAGAGUACCAAAGUGAAAGCAAGCAAGACGCCAAGGAGAAAAUGGACACGCUGCUCAGCUGUUUCCUCAGCAUCGCAGACCAGGUGCUGCUGCCCUCGCUCACACUCAUGGACUGCAAUGCCUGCAUGUCAGAGGAGCUCUGGGGCUUCUUCAAGCUCUUCCCUUACCAGCACAGGUAUCGGCUUUACGGUCAGUGGAAAAACGAGACGUACAGCAGCCACCCGCUGUUGGUGAAGGUGAAGGCCCAGGCAGUGGACAGAGCCAAGUACAUCAUGAAACGACUGACCAAGGAGAACGUAAAGCCAUCGGGAAGGCAGAUUGGCAAGCUGAGCCACAGUAACCCCACCAUUCUCUUCGAUUACAUUCUCUCGCAGAUCCAGUGGUAUGACAACCUCAUCACCCCUGUGGUGGACUCUCUGAAAUACCUCACCUCUCUCAACUACGAUGUACUGGCAUGUAUCCUUUUCUUCACUCACCCUGCCAGGAAGUACAGCCCACCACCCACCUCAGUGCCAAAUAAUAAUCCUGCUCAGCCCCCACACACACACACACACACACAAAGACCCACCUUCAUCUCAGAACAUCUAAAAGAGUCUUCGCACCACAGUUUAACGGGUGGUGCAUCUGAUGUUACUGGAUUGCUUUUAUUGCAUUUUUACUGUUUCCUGACCUUUUUGAACUUUAUAGGUCUCGCAAGCCUUUGCGGAGCAGUUUUCCGGAAGUACCCUAUCGAGUUGGCAGGUUUGCUGCAGUAUGUGACCAAUCAGCUGAAGGCAGGGAAGAGCUUUGACCUGUUGAUCCUGAAGGAGGUGGUGCAGAAGAUGGCCGGAAUCGAGAUCACAGACGAAAUGACAGCGGAGCAACUGGAGGCCAUGACCGGAGGAGAGCAGCUUAAAGCGGAGGGUGGCUAUUUUGGCCAGAUCAGGAACACUAAGAAGUCGUCUCAGCGCCUGAAGGACGUCCUGCUGGAUCACGAGUUGGCGCUUCCUCUUUGCUUGCUGAUGGCACAGCAGAGAAACGGCGUGGUUUUCUCCGAGGGAGGGGAGAAACACCUCAAACUAGUGGGCAAGCUGUACGAUCAGUGUCACGACACGCUGGUGCAGUUUGGCGGCUUUUUAGCGUCCAACCUGAGCACAGAGGAUUACAUCAAGAGAGUUCCUUCUAUAGACGUGCUUUGUAACCAGUUCCACACCCCUCACGAUGCUGCUUUCUUCUUGUCCCGCCCAAUGUACGCCCAUCAGAUCAUGGCCAAGUACGACGAGCUGAAGAAGACCGAGAAGGGAAACCGGCAGCAGCAGAAGGUCCACAAGUACAUCGCGGCGUGCGAGCAGGUGAUGGCGCCCGUGCACGAAGCCGUCAUGUCGCUCCACCCGCCUCGAGUUUGGGACGACCUGCGCCCGCAGUUCUACGCCACCUUCUGGUCGCUCACCAUGUACGACCUGUCCGUUCCCCAUAGCGCCUACGACCGUGAGGUCAACAAGCUCAAGAUGCAGAUCAAGGCCAUCGAAGAGAACUCCGAAAUGCCUCUGAACAAAAAGAAGAAGGAGAAGGAGCGGUGCACUGCGCUGCAAGACAAGCUGGUGGAGGAGGAGAAGAAGCAGGUGGAGCAUGUGCAGAGGGUCCUGCAACGCCUUAAGUUGGAGAAGGACAACUGGUUACUCACCAAAUCGACCAAGAACGAGACCAUCACUAAGUUUCUUCAACUCUGUCUGUUUCCCCGCUGCGUCUUUUCUGCCAUCGACGCCGUCUACUGCGCUCGUUUUGUUGAGCUCGUGCACCAGCAGAAAACCCAGAACUUCUGCACGCUGCUUUGUUACGAUCGCGUGUUCUCAGAUAUCAUCUACACGGUGGCCAGCUGUACGGAGAACGAGUCUCGGCGUUACGGCCGUUUCCUGUGCUGCAUGCUGGAGACGGUGACGCGAUGGCACAGCGAUAAAGCCAUCUACGAGAAGGAAUGCGGCAAUUACCCGGGUUUCCUGACCAUUUUCCGAGCCAGUGGCUUUGACGGAGGAAAUAAGGCGGACCAGCUCGACUAUGAGAACUUUAGACACGUUGUUCACAAAUGGCAUUACAAGCUGACUAAAGCUUCGGUGCACUGUCUGGAGACGGGCGAAUACACCCAUAUUCGCAACAUCCUCAUUGUUCUGACCAAGAUCUUGCUCUUCUACCCGAAAGUGCUGAACCUGGGCCAGGCGCUGGAGUGCCGAGUGCACAAGAUCUGCCAGGAGGAGAAGGAGAAGAGGCCUGACCUCUAUGCUUUAGCCAUGGGCUACUCUGGCCAGUUGAAAAGCAGGAAAGCUCACAUGGUGCCCGAGAACGAGUUUCACUACAAGGAGCCGGCGAACACCGCCAACCCUGGCGCCCUGCAGAACGGCCCGGGCAGCUCCGGCAAGCCUGGCGCUGCCACCCCUGCCUCUGCCAACGCUGGAAAAAACGAGGAGGGAGCUGCCGAGGACACGGACAAACCUAAGGACAAAUCUCAGGUGGCUCCAAAAACGGCCUGCAAAGUCCCAACCACGACGAAUAAAGCCAGCAGCAGCAACGGCAGCAGCACACCUAACAGCAUCAAAGGGAGCAAAGAGAAGGAGGACAAAGAAAAGAGCGUGAAGGAGAAAAAGGAAAAGAAGGAGAAGUCCGCUGCCAGCACUCCAGAGGCCAAGGCGGGAGGGAAGGAGAAGCAGAAGGAGGAGAAAGCGGGUGACACCAAGGACAAGGUGCCCAAGGCUGAGAAGGACAAGAGGAAGGAUGAUAAGAAGGACGAGAAGAGCAAAGGUGACGCCAAGGCUGCAGACAAAGAGUCAUCAAAGGAACGAGAUGUGGCCAAGGAGGGCAAACUUAAGGAAAGCAGCAAGGGCGAGAAAAAUGCUGGGUCCCUCAAGUCCCCUGUUCCCAGAUCAGAAGGAAUCGAGUCUGAACGGGAACAAAAAAGACGAAAGCUCGACACACAUUCUUCGCCCUCACACUCCUCUGCAGUUAAGGACAAUCUCAAUGACUUCAAGGACUCAGCCACCAAGCAGCAUCACGCCAACAACAGCAGCGUCCAGACCAAGAGCGAAGCCGAGAAGAAAGAGUCAGACAAGUCCAGGGACCGCUCCAAAGAGAGGGACAAGAAGGAGGAGAGGAAGGACCGCAAACGAGACUACUCGAACAGCGACCGCGAGCUGAGCCAGGAAGCCAAACGCCGCAAAGACGAGAACGGAACGAGCUCCUCGAAGCACAGUAAGAGCGCCAGUCCACCCGAUUCGCCCCGCUCCAAUGACAAGGACAACAGCAAGCGCUCCAAAUCCACCAGCAAAGACAAGAGCGACUUAACCAAAACCGACAAGCCCUCUGGAGGCAAGAAGGAAUCCAGGCACGACAAAGAGAAAUCGGAAAAAAAGCGAGACAGCACCGGUGCAAAAGAAGACAAAAAACACCAUAAAUCAUCAGAAAAGCACAGAUAAUGUAACCUGACAUGGACAAGAAUUCCCUGUUGUGCACAUCGAGUCAGAGCCCCAUCCACCUUUCAGCCAUGUCAGCAUCUUUAUUCUCAUUUUCCCCGUCACUGUCCGAGGAUUUUUUCGCACCCCUGUAUUUCGGCUUGCCUAGAUCAUCUGAAAUAGAAAUGUUGUAGUGUGUAUUUUAACCUGCCGUUUUUUAUUGUAACAUUUUCAGUAUAAGGCUGAAAGUUCAUUUCUGUAUAAAACGAAAUAAAUAAAUACGAAGUAAAAAAAGAAAAUUAGCACAAUGUGCUGCUGUAUUUCAAAUGGAACUGAAGUCAGAAUUAUGUUGUUCCUGAAUUGGAUUGCAUUUUUAUAACCAGUAGACCCUUCUUUUUUUUUUCCCUUCCCCCUCUCUUUUGAGCAAACCAAAUUUCAGUUUGAUUUCCAAUUUUUUAUUUUUUUUUGCCUUUUAAUCCGUAUAUGAUAUUUAGGCAUAGGUGUUUAAAGCAGUAUGAACAGUCUGUUUGUAUAUUCUGUAUACAGUGAUUCAAAUGAAUACUUGUAAUACAUUUCCACAGCUUUUAUUUGAAAAGCCAGUCCCUGAAACUCCUCGUUGUUUGCUCACAAUAAUAAUUUUUUUUUUUUUUAAAGAAAAAGAAUUUCUAUAGAAAGGAUGGCAAGCUCGAUUUCUUGAAUAAAUGGACUGUCCAAAAAAAAAGUGUUAAACUCUUUGAGAACUACUUUUGAAGUUUUUAAAAUGCUCCCACGUUGACCAGUGUAUGCCUUUUUCUAAAUAAAGAGUUUUCUUUUUGUUUUU